UCGACAAUAUUUAGUAUACUCGACGCUCUUUAUUUCGUGUGUUGUUAUAUUACAUGCGGGAUACCAUCAUGGGUUGGCAUACGCAUCUUGCCACACUUUCGCUUAGCGGGUCAAUAUAUAAUAGCCUAGAGCCAACUGGUCCUAGCAUCCCCAAUCUCUUCGAACCUUGUCUUCGUCGGUACGGCUCGGAAUCCAUUGUUGUUGCGCCACCACUAGCGCUCUUUGCAAAACUUGAUGUGUCUCCACGAAAUCGUCGGUGACUAUUGGACAGGGUGUGGUCACUUCCAUGGAAGAUAUUUCACAGGAGUGACCUCCGACUGCGGCUCCUCACGGUGUAAGACGAGUGCAUCUCAUAUGCACAAGACAGCGCGAAACUGCGGGUGUCCUUCGGUGGUGACAGAAGACCGACGGGUGCAGAACUUGUACCGAACAUCUCAUUCUGACUGUGUACGACCGUCACGGUAAACAUAGUCGAGUGCUGUUUCAUGUCGGACAUGGGCGCAUGAUGUACCUAGCUGACGUCCGGAUGUCAUCCCACAUCGGAAUACCUAUAUCCCAAAUUCCUCUCUUGUAUUUCUAUCUCGGUUGUCUUGUUGUAGCCUCACAACUGUUCGCAGUCA